AUGGCCGCCACCAAUCCCGCCGCCGCUCCCACCGCUCCGGCCGCCGGCCCUACCGCUCCGUUCAUCCCCUCGUGGGACUUCGACGAAUACAUGCCGAGCGACAUCCAAGCCCUCGUCCGCGCCGCCUCCGCCACCCCUCCCAUCGGCCACGUCGCGUGGCUCAUCGGCAAGCGCUCCGUUUACAAGAGGCAGGUCGACAUCGCUGCUGGCUUUCCAGAAGAUAAGUGGAAGAAGAGAAGCGGGACCGACCAGGUGGGCGUACUGGUAGAGUACAACUGGGAUGGGGAGCCUUGGGUGUUGGGAGUGAAGCCUGGACAGAAGAGCAGCACGAAUCCGAUGGAGUACGGCGUGUGGCUCGGGGUGGAUGGGCAGGGCAACGACGUGUGGCAGGAGGACGACAAUGGCGAGCCGGUUUUCGAUAUCAUGCGCAUCAAGGCCGAGGAGGACCCUGCAACGAUGUGGUGA